AGGGUUGAUUCCUUCCAGCAAAACAGCAGAAAAAAAAUGGCAACAUUCGAUCAUGUUUUACCGGCAGAAGAGGAACUUACAGUUCCAGAAGUGAAUCUGUCUAGUGCUUCAUUACGUGCUGGAGCUUUUCAUUUGGGAAAAUACUGUGAAAAUCAGAAUAAUGAAUUCAUGCUAUGUCGUCAGGAACUCAAUGAUCCACGAAAGUGCUUAGCAGAAGGACGUGCUGUAACGUCAUGUGCUCUUGAGUUUUUCCGUAAAGUUAAAAAAACUUGUUAUGCUGAAUUCACGCAAUAUGCCAAUUGUUUAGACAAAAGCAGUGGCGAUUUACAUUUUAAACAUUGCCGUAAUACACAAGGUGUUCUUGACAAAUGUAUGCUUGACAACUUGGACAUUGAACGACCUGAAUAUGGAUACUUUUCACGUGCUAAAAUCCAUCAUACUGAUCGACCAGCACCAGCUAAAAGAGAAAAGAAAGUGUACGAAGAUGCAACUCCCGGUUUACCAGAUGAUUAUCCACGCCCACCAGCUAAAUUUGGAAGUCGUCUUCAUUAUAUGAUGUAA